AUGUUCGCCCCCGCCCUCGCUCUCCUCUCCGGCCUCACCCUCGUCAGCGCCGCCGGCCUCCGUUUCGGCACGACCUCCGAGUACGGGCAGAACCAGGGCGACUGGGCCCUCCACGAAGCGCCCGGCGGCGCCGUCCUCGCUGCGUGGGCUGACAGCCCGACCGUCUCCGCCCACAUCCAGAACGGCGAGGUCUACAUCGACUGCCCGGCCGCCUACAAGGGCUACCAGGCCGUCCUCGUCCCCAUCGCCGACCGCGACCCGGCCGCGUACGAGGUCCGCUUCGUGAACUCGUUCGACAACCUGCCCUCGGGCACGCAGUUCGGGAGCUGGUAUCUAUCGGACGACCGCCUCGGGCUGGCGAACAGCAAUUUCACCAAGGUGGUGAACGCGUUCGGCGACGAGAAGGGCAGCUAUCACGCGGAGAAGCGGGCGGAGUACGACGACCUGUACACGCUCGAGUGGGUGAACAAGUCGUACUACGACCAUGGCGUCUACAACGGCUGGUUCCUCGUGCUUGACAGCGCCAACGAUGUCUCUUGCUAG